AUGUAUCUCCAUCAUUAUGAUUACAUCUUCGGCAUUGGCACGGUCUUUGCCAUGCUUGAUGCCUACAACAACGGAGCAAACGAUGUAGCCAACAGUUGGGCCACCAGUGUCUCGUCCCGCUCAAUCUCCUACCGACAGGCCAUGGUUCUCGGCACCAUCUUCGAGUUCCUCGGUGCCGUCACCGUCGGUUCUCGUACUGCCGACACCAUCAAGAACGGCAUUAUCCCCAACUCGGCCUUCCAAGGAAACGCGGCCGUGCAGAUGCUUGCCUUCACCUGUGCCUUGGCUGCGGCCUCUUCCUGGGUCAUGUGGUGCACCCGUCACUCCGCUCACGUUUCGUCUACUUACUCGCUCAUCUCGGCCGUGGCCGGUGUCGGUGUCGCCACUGUUGGUGCUGGACAAGUCCAGUGGGGCUGGAACGGGGGCAAGGGUCUCGGUGCCAUCUUUGCCGGUCUGGGCAUGGCUCCGGUGAUCUCGGGCUGCUUCGCGUCCAUCAUCUUCCUGUUGAUCAAGUUCGUCGUCCACAUGCGUCGCAACCCCGUCCCAUGGUCGGUUUGGAGUGCUCCCCUGUGGUUCCUGGUGGCCGGUACCAUCUGUACCCUCACCAUUGUCUACAAGGGUUCCCCUAAGCUGGGCCUGAACAAGAAGCCAGGCUACUGGAUUGCCGGUGUGACGGUUGGUACCGGUGUUGCUCUCUGCCUGCUUUCCGCUCUCUUCUUCGUCCCCUUUGUGCACGCCCGCGUCAUCAAGAAGGAUAACACCGUCAAGUGGUGGAUGUUUGUCUACGGCCCCCUUCUGUUCAGCCGCCCCGCUCCGACUGAGGGUGCCGAAACCGCCAAGGUCCCCAACUACGCCGUGAUGCAAGAGGAGACUGACGAUGAGCUUCCCACCUCUGCCUCCGUCUCGGUGGACUCCAUUCAGGCGGACAAGAACCUUCACGCCACCAGCGCGCCCGUGGAUGAAAAGGAGCACCACCUCGUCAAGAGUGAGGCCAACCAGCUCACCUACAAGGAGAUCAUGGCUCAGUCUGAGGACCGCCACCGCGCCAAGCUCCUGAAGAGCCGCGGCCCUCUGGGCUGGGCCAUGCGCUUCCUCCGCGACAACCCCAUGGGUGCCGGUGAGAUCUACGAGUGGCGCAAUGCGGUGGCUCUGAUCAAGCGUAUUCCUGCCACGGUCGUUGUUGGUCUUCUGUACGGUGCUCAUUACGACAUCCACACUGCCCAGAGCGGUAUCGCGGGUACUCCCGAGGGUGAGCGUAUGAAGCGUGUCUACGAUGCCGCCGAGAAGUAUCCCAACGAGGUCGAGCACACCUACUCCUUCAUCCAGAUCAUCACCGCCUGCACUGCCUCUUUCGCCCACGGUGCCAACGACAUCGGCAACUCGGUUGGCCCCUGGGCUGCGAUUUACUCGGCCUGGUCGACCGGUGACGCUGCCGCCGCCAAAUCUCCCGUCCCCGUGUGGCAGCUUGCUGUCCUUGCUCUUUGCAUCUCUAUCGGUCUGGUCACCUAUGGGUACAACAUCAUGAAAGUCAUGGGCAACAAGAUCACCUAUCACUCUCCCAGCCGUGGUUCGUCCAUGGAAAUGGGUGCCGCUCUCACAGUCCUUGUGUUCUCGCAAUACUCCCUUCCCGUCUCGACCUCCAUGUGUAUCACUGGCGCCACCGUUGGUGUCGGUCUCUGCAAUGGAACCCUCAAGGCGGUCAAUUUCCAGCGUGUUGGUCUCCUCCUGCUUGCCUGGAUCAUGACCAUUCCCGUUGCCGGUACUCUGGGUGGAUGCUUGAUGGGUCUCUUCAUCAAUGCCCCCCACUUUGCUGCGAAAUAG